UGAAGACUAGUUGAAAUCUCGAAUUGGAUAUAUUUUUAUAACAUUAAGUUAUUUUGUAACUCAAAAGCGUUUUCCAAAGAAGUUGGCGAAAUUAGCCAAGCAAAUUGUUGAUUUGUCCAGCCCAUAAAUUAGAUGUGUGUAAGCGGGUCGGCCGAUAUAGAUACAAAAUAGCAAGCAAUAACUGCCGUAACUGUUAUAGUUAGUGACCAAUUGAAAGAGAAGAGGAGAUACGCCACGCAAAAAUCCGGCCAUUGAUUUUGGGUCUUCCAUGCUCAGAGUUCACGAUUGGUAACAUGUUGAGCGAUGUGGCGGGUGCUGCCGGCCCAGGUGGCGCCCCAGAUUUCGAGCAGGAUUCGGAGGAGGUUUCUCCACUGACGCUGCCGGCGGAGGAUCCUCCGGCCGCGCAGGACCAGGUUAAGACUCCGGGAUCGCAGGACCACCGCCAUUCCGGUGCCCAUUCCCGUCGAACGGGCGGUGGGCAGGUGCCAUCCAGAAAUCAAGGGGGCAACAACGAAUGCCAGUUCUUUUUCGAGGACGAGGUGUUCCGCAUUGAUCGGCGGGGUCGCGUCCACUUCGGAGUCGUUACGGAGACGGCAGAGUCCUAUUCCUCUGAUGAGGAUGAGGAAGUCGACGAGGUUCUGUCCAAGGGGGAGGUGCGCGUGGCCUUCUAUCCGGACGGUAAGGAGUUGGUGCACACAGAACACUCGAUUGGUCUUGCGGAUCGAACCCUAAUGCCAGGCGAUGUAGUGCGAAGGCGUCUGCCAGGACAAAAGGACCUCAUUGGUCAAGCGGGCUAUGUGCGGGAUGUUAAUGUGCGCGCCGAUGUCACCGUGCUAGGCUCCAAGUUGGUCAUCAAAAAUGUGGCGGCCGAGCGACUACGUCCUAUUUCAGAAUGGACCAGAGAUGUGCCCGUCUGCCUGGGCACCUGGAUAGGUACCACCGUCAAUGUUGACGAGUGUGCUGUAAUCAAAAAUACUAAUGGCGCUCGCCUGGAGAUCACAUCUAACGAUUUUCACAAGUUCAAGGAUGCUGUGGGUCACUGCGCUCGCGAGGUCUUCAAUCCCAAUGUAUACUUUCCGGGUAACGUGGUGAUAGGUCGCCUCCCGCCCCCGGAUCGCGUAAAGAAUCUGACUCCGGAAAUCGAUCUGCCCGCCAAUCGCAAGGCUCGUGCCAUGUACACCGUGGAAUCCAUUCGAACCACAUCCGUUAAUGUGGCCUGGACUUGUCGGGCCAUCUCGCAGUUCGAAAAUGGCACUGACAUAGAUCCUCUGAAGCAGCCAAAAACCACCAUUAAGGGCGAGGACCUGAACAGCGUAAAGCGCCUUAACAUCUAUGAAUCCUACGUGCUCCAAAUUCACGAUCGAUUCUACCUCAAAUAUUCAAAAUGUGAUUUAUUAAUUAGAUAUACCGACUGGGAAGAGGAACAAGCGGAAAAAUACAUUCCCAUCUACAAUAGCCAGAAAAAGAUGGACAAGGGCAGCAAGCUGAACUCGUCUGCCUCGAGCAGUGGGAAUGCUCGCAAUGUACCCAAGUUUCGUCGCCUGGCCAACAAGUUCAGCGGAAUGCGCCUGCCUCGUCCGGCAAGCGAUCAUACGCACAGCUCAAAUGCUUCGAAGGUUUCAAAGCGCAGUGAAGAGGUGUGCUCAUCGGGGGAGGAUGAAGAGGAGGAGGACGAAGAGCCAAUCCAGUUACCUGAGCCUUCGGUAGCACCCGAAAAGGAGGCUGCCGUUGCAGAGGAUGCGGAGUCUCCGUCUCCCGAUUCUACUGCUGCUGCAGAUGCCGCUGCCCAGGCCCCCAGAAUAACAAUGCGCCAUGCUAAACGGCGGCAUGUGAAGAAAAAAAUGCGCAGCGUUAAGAAACUGAUCACUGCGCCUUUUGCUAGAAAGGACUUGACUCCCAAGGAUGGUGACGAGAUUGUUGUUGAAACGCUGGUCGUGUACAGCUCGGUAACUGUCGUCUGGCAGGAUGGCACAGUCGAAACGGGCAUUCUUUCCACCCAGCUGUAUCCCAUCCAUCAUUUGGACAACCAUGAGUUCUUUCCUGGCGACUUUGUGAGUAAGGCCAACGAGAACAGCACAGGAGUCACCGAUUAUGGCGUCAUCCAGUGCGUGGACCACGACGAACGCAUUGCAAAAGUCUUGUGGUUUAACAUCUACUCCCACGUAGACAAUCCAAUUCCGUUGUGUAAGGACUUAGAGGAGCUCAGUGUCUACGAUUUGAAGGAUCACUCUGACUACCAGUAUCGACCCGGCACCAUGGUCAUCCGAGUUUCCAACUUCACGGGCGAGGACGUCGACUCAACUGCUGGCCAGGUGAUAGACAACUACCCCGAUGGACGGGUGCGCGUUUGGUGGGCCAAGGGGCAUAUUACCAUGUGCUACCCGCAGGAUCUGUUCGAGAUUAACCACAAUGAUCAGGACCAAGAUGCCUACGAAUCGGAUGGCUCUGAAGACUCUUGGGAGACCCAGUCGGAGAACAGCCGUGUUGGGAUGAACCUCAGCCUGUCGUCAAUGGACAAUGAAGAGCACAUCAUUAUGGGCAUUGAUCGGGCGACGGAGGCAAUGAAGCGGCUGGAAAAGCUCUUUCGAAUCCUCCCCCCAAAGCGAAAACCGGAGGUGCUCAACGACUUACUGGCUGUGUACAAAAACUGCCGGAGCCUGGACCGUAUGCUCAAGACCAACUUUUUUCACGAGGACCACUUCCAGAACAUCGUGCAAUGUAAACCUUCUACUGACGACGAUUCUCCCGACCUUCCCACACUAGAAAGUGUGGAAGAAGCGUCUCCAGAUGCAUUGACAGUCUUGCCCAAGGUUUCUUCAACCAUCAAGCUUGAACUGGAAUCUAUUAACCAGUCUUGCCCGGGCCAGCCCACAUUGACGCCGACAAAGCGAAAGUCCUCCACUGAAAUGGACGAGGUUCAGUGCAAAAAGAGCGCUGAUAAGAUCGCGGAAGAGGCAGACGCGGAGGAGGAGGAGGAUGCUUUGGAACUGGACAAAGUCACACUCACCGAAAGUGAGACAAAGCUCGACUACAACCAGCUAGUAAAGAAGUAUCGCAGCGAGUACACGGAACUGUUCGGCUGCGCACGGAACAGCAUUGCUAAAGCCUUCGAAAAUCGCACUAAGAAUGAUUCGGGCGUCCACUCGCGCGGUGAAAAUACCUCGGACGAGUUCAAUAACCCAGAUAGUGAUAAUAAAUCGGUUGAGGUGUCGGAGGUGAACGAUGAUAAAAUGAAAUGCAAGGAAGACUGCAUCAUUGAACUGCUUAAGUACGAUGCUGACGUCUGCGAGGUCUUCUGUUUCUUAAUAAAGGAGCAAAUGGCCAAAUGCCGCGAGGCGGUUGUCGAAACAGUAAGCAAGCCGAAAGGCGAUCGCAAGGACGAGGACGAGGAGGUAAGCGAUGCUGAGGAAGCCAUCGAGCCGGUCGAUCAGGAUCGGAAACCAGCUGAGGAUGGCGAAGACCGUCAGAUUGCGGAGGACGACGCCAUGGAGCAGCCGUUGAAUCUGAACGCCCUGUCCGAGUCACUGCCACCCAUUGACAGUCCCAUGGCCUGCUCUUCGCCCUCAUGUUCUGUAAUUCCAGACACGCCGCCCGUGUGCGACAAUUGUUUCCAAGUGAUGCCGAAUGCACCGGCCGCCCAUCACUUUAUCGGCAGCCAAGUGACUCCGGCCAACAAGUCGCAGUAUCAGCGGGCCGUUCAGCGAGAAUACCGUAUGCUGCAGGCCUCCCUGCCCGCCGGAGUCGUGGUGCGGGCCUAUGAAGAUCGCAUGGACCUGAUAUCUGUGAUGAUGGUAGGACCGCAGCACACUCCCUACCAGAACGCCCUGUUCUUCUUCGACUUUCAAUUGGGGCGCGACUAUCCUAAGAGCCCGCCUGUGUGCCACUACAUCAGCUACUGCACGGAGCGUCUCAAUCCCAACCUGUAUGAGGAGGGCAAGGUGUGCGUUUCGCUGCUAGGCACUUGGUCUGGUCGCGACACAGAGGUGUGGUCCUACGGCAGCACCAUGCUGCAGGUGCUCGUCUCCAUACAGGGACUCAUACUGGUCGAUGAGCCCUACUAUAACGAGGCGGGCUACGAAAAACAAAAAGGCACCCAGCUGGGCAAUGAGAACUCUCGUGUCUACAACGAGAUGGCCAUCAUAAAAAUUGCUCACUCAACGGUCAAGCAGCUUCAGAAUCCGCCGCUCGUCUUCCGCAGCGAAUUGAUUGAGCACUUUAAGGAAUUUGGCUGCGAACUGCACGGACGUAUGCAGGCCUGGUCGGAAUAUUCGGCGGAGGCCCAGCGCCAGCGAAUAACCAGCAUCAAGGAUAUGCCCGUCGAGUACAAGGCUCCCUGCGAGCUGCCCGAGUUCCCCCUCCUGCCCUGCAGUCGUGGCUUUUGCAUAGCGGUCAAGGGUGUUUUGGGCCAGCUUCAGAGCGAGCUGACUGCUUUGGGAACGAGUCUGGCAACGGGUGAUCGAAACGGCAUUCCGGCAGGAACGGGAACUGCGCCGCGUGCUGCUCCGGAAGAGAUAUGAGUGCAGCGCGUCCUGCCCAGUCCAUGCCUGUGAAAUUGGUGCCUAUCAGAAGAACCACAAGACUUUUGCCGCCUGCACUUGGGAGUCUGAUCUGGCCCUCGGCAAGGGGCUGCGUUUUAUAGCCACUAUCGAAUCUCUAAUUUUUCCCAACUCGUAUUGCUGGAAAUCAGCCUUUUAGUUAAACGAAAUUUCCUAAAGUUAUUAGUUGCUAAUUUUCCACAAACAAAUAACAUAAGCUGAAUUAUAUAUAUAUAUAGCGCUCAAUGAAGCAAAUUGGUA